AUGCCUCAAGACAAUGAGUUCAUGACUAUUUAUGACACUCGUACCGUCAUUAUUAGGGCGACCAAAACCAUGAGGGUAACUGGGACCCUAUCCACAUUCAUUCAUGUGUUCUCUACAUCAAGCAAGACCACUCUCGCAACAAAAACGACUGCUAUUACGAGAACAAGCACCGAGAGGGUAACUAAAAGUCUCACUGCAACGUAUUGGAGUUUACAAACCCUCAGCACUACAGUUACUGAGACCAACAAGUAUGUUGUAACAAAAACCUUGAUUACUACAAGGAUCGUUACAAGAACUGUUCCUAUUACCGAGGUUUAUACCGUUACUUUCACUGGCAUCAAUGCUGUUACGGAGGCAGUUGGCUCCACAGUCACUGUAACUCACGCGACUAUACAAACUGUUUUAUUUACUAUCACAGCUUCAGUCUCAGCCAUCACUGCUACCGCCGAAGCGACAACAAUCUGGGGCUGA